AUGGUCUGGGACGACGACCAAGCGGAGCUCACUCCUAUCCUCUAUCAAGGCAUUCUCAUCGAGAGGCGCCUCGGCGGUGUCAAGAAACACUACCGCAACGCCCUGCUCUGCAACCCCAAAACCACCCAGGACAUCAAGUUUAUCCACGAGGCCCUGCUCAAGCUCGACAAGGUCAAGCAUCUUGCGCCCUCCAACACCAACUCGGUCGAGGUCCUUGGCCACAUCAGCUAUGCCGCCAUGUCGGGUUCGCCCGUGCUGAUUGUCGGCACCAACGAGCGCAUCUUCAUCCCCCUGACCUCGGUCAAGGCCAUAAAGGACGAGGAGGAGGUCGGCUCGGCCUGUCAGAUCGCUCUCAAGACUGGCUUGGCCGAGUUCCGCUAUGGCGUUCGGACAUCCAAGGAGUACCAGCGUUGGAUUGAGGCACUCCAGCACGCUUUCCAGUACGCAAAGUCCCUCCCUCCCUGGGCCUCAGAGUCCAAGCCUUCGGAGCAGGAGGCCCUGAGCGCCAAGCGCUCCAAGAGUGUCUCUCGUCUUGCGUUUACCGAGCGAAAGGACUCGCCUCGUCCUGGCUCGGCCCUGGACUCGCGGGUGCUGCCGCCCAUUCCGUCGACCUCGGCGACCAGCCUCGAGCUCCAGACUACCCUCCCGUCGACAUCGACUACCAGCCUCGAACUUGGCGCAACAUCGUCGUCGUCGCCCAAAGGCAUCCUGGUUCGAGACCAACUGGAGACGACUUUCCCGACUCUGUCCAUGACUGAGUCAACCAUGUCUCGAGUACGUUUCUCCGAGGCCCGAGCCACCAACCUGGCCGAAGAAACCAUACUUGAGGACCACAGCGGUUCCGACAGCCGCUCCGACAGCCGCACCAGCACCCCGCCGACCCUUGCAGCGUUCAACCCCGAGCCCCCUGCAGCGGCGCCACUCCCAAGCGCUGCUGUUGGCAAAGCCCGGGACUCGGAUGGGUACGUCAGCCAGACUCUCCCCCAGCAGCAGCCCCAGCAGCAGCAGGAGCGGCAGGAACGGCAGCAGGAGCGGCAGCAGGAGCAAAAGGGCCAGAAGCCAUGGCCAUCGGACGUUGUCAAUAACCCUGUUUUGCAAUCCGAUAUCUCGGCCCUCCAGGCCAAAGUAGCCGAGAUCGUGCAGCCUGAGGAGCGUGGUCGCUCGCCCCGCAAGUUUUCGUUGGCCGCCUUCCGCGAACGGUCUCGCAGCCGUGGUCCCUUCAGGGUCUUCUAAGAGCCUUUCCUGAGCACCUCGGCCAGCGUCUCGCCCGAUGCCGUCGACGUUCUUUCGUUCUCGCGCUCAUUGCCAAACCCGGUUUCGCAAGCUUUCUGUCUCGUCCGCCCACCAAGCUGUCGAUGUUUGCCUCACAGGCACAUCGUAUCGGUUUAUUCC